AGCGCACGACGCGCUCCUCCGGCGGAUCCUCCUCGCUCGCCGCGCCCCAAGCGUGGGUCUGUCUCCUCGGGCACUCCCCGGUUGGAGUUUGCCACUGAUUCGUGUCUCCUCCAAUUUGGGGCCCAAGACGUCCCGCCAAAGACGCCCGCCGCACCUUGGCCGGGGGCUGAAGCCCCAGGUGGCCGAAAUCCUGCUCCACUCCAUCCUCCCCGCGCGCGCAUCCUCCCCGGCACCGGCCUCUGGUCCUACCCCCCCACCCCAGACCCCCUGAGGGAGGGAGUGCGGUCCUCCAGGAAGGACCUUCCUCUCGCGGAGGGACUGGGGCGCCUGUCGCCGGCAUGGCCUUCACUUUCGCUGCUUUCUGCUACAUGCUGUCUCUGGUCCUGUGCGCUGCGCUCAUCUUCUUCGCCAUCUGGCACAUCAUUGCCUUUGAUGAAUUAAGAACGGAUUUCAAGAGCCCCAUAGACCAGUGCAAUCCUGUUCAUGCGAGAGAACGACUGAGGAACAUCGAACGCAUCUGUUUCCUGUUGCGGAAGCUGGUACUUCCAGAAUAUUCCAUCCACAGCCUCUUCUGCAUCAUGUUCCUGUGUGCACAAGAAUGGCUCACACUGGGACUGAAUGUUCCCCUGCUUUUCUAUCACUUCUGGAGGUAUUUUCACUGUCCAGCCGACAGCUCUGAACUAGCUUAUGAUCCGCCAGUGGUUAUGAACGCGGACACCCUGAGCUAUUGCCAGAAGGAAGCCUGGUGUAAGCUGGCCUUUUAUCUCCUCUCCUUCUUCUACUACCUUUACUGCAUGAUCUACACAUUGGUGAGCUCUUAAUUCAAAGACCACACAUGUCAUCCAAGACUGGCAGUAGG